AUGCCAACAAAAACCAAUGGUACACAUAUUGAAUCACCAGUAAAAAAUCAAUCAUAUCAUCAAGAUGAUAAUGAUGAUGAUCAAUAUCGUCGUGAACUUGAACGACCAGCUGAUGUUAUUGAAGAUAUGCGUCAAAUGGGACAACGACAACGUGUUAAAACAAUAUUAAAUUCAAAAGAAUUUCGUGAUGAACUUGAAGCUAUUAUUAAUGAUGCAUUAAAACAUGGACCACAUCCAGCAUCGUUAAUUGCUUUACAACAAAUAUCGGAAUUAUUAUUACCACAUACAUCACGUUGGACAACUGUCUCGUCAUUAUCACGUGCUGGUGGUUCAGUUAUUGUACCAAUUAAUGAUAUACGUGGUGUUGAUUCACAAGGUUAUUCAAAAAGUGAACGUUUACUUCGAUGUAAAUUAUCAUCACUUUAUCGUCUUGUGGAUUUAUUUGGAUGGUCACAAGGCAUUUAUAAUCAUAUUACGGCUCGUGUUAAUCAAGAACUUGAACAUUUUUUAAUUAAUCCAUUUGGUUUAAUGUAUCAUGAAGUAACAGGUUCAAGUUUAGUUAAAGUUGAUAUCGCCGGUAAUAUUAUUGAUCCAGGUAGUACAACAUAUGGAAUAAAUCGUGCUGGUUAUACACUUCAUUCAGCUAUACAUAAAGCACGACCGGAUCUUAAAUGUAUUAUACAUUUACAUACACCGGCUGUUGCUGCUGUAUCAUCAAUGAAAUGUGGUCUUUUACCAUUAUCACAAGAUGCAUUAUUUUGUGGAAAAAUAUCUUAUCAUGAUUAUCGUGGAAUAUUAAUUGAAGAUGAUGUUAAAAAACUUCUUGUCGAAGAUUUAGGUCCAAUAAAUAAAGUAAUGAUAUUACGUAAUCAUGGUUUUGUUGCAUGUGGUGAAACAAUUGAAGAAGCAUGGAAAUAUGCAUUUAAUGUAAUUAAUGCUUGUGAAGUACAAGUACGUGCAGCACCUAUUGGUAUUGAUCAAUUAUAUUUACCAUCAAGUGAACAACAAAAACGAGUUGCUGAUGUACUUCAUGGAAAUUUAAAUGAAGCAACAGGCGAUAAAAAAUGGAAAAUAGGUGAACUUGAAUUUGAAAGUUUAAUGCGUAUUUUGGAUAAUGCUGGUUUUCGUACUGGUUAUGUUUAUCGUCAACCAUUAAUACGUACAAUUGAUAAGAUAACUACAUUUAAAGAUGUUGAAGUUCCACCAGCUGCUUCAUCAGCUACAUCAUUUAUUGAACAAACAUAUCCUGAAGCUUAUUCACCAACACGUCAAGCUCAACGAACAACAGAAUGGCGUAAUUCACCAAAUGCUUAUUUAAAACAAGAAAUUGAAGAAACAGGAACACCGAAUCCAAAAAAAGUUACCAAGUGGGUACCAGAUACAGGUUUAAAACAUUCAACACCAAUUAAAAUUGAUACAAAACAUCAAUUUGCACCAAGUAAUAUAGAUUCUAAAGAACUUAAAAAUCAUCAAAAACAAAUAAAAGAAGAUCGUUUUAAUGAAAAAGUUUCAGCUGGUUAUCAAUCAAAAAUUCUUGAGAAUGCUUCUUGGGAAGAUGCAUCACAAAUGAAAGAACCACAUCAACUACCAUCAGAAGCAAUUGUUACUGUUGGUGCUGCAUCAAAAGGUAUUAUUAAACGUGAUCAACAAAAUAAUGCUAUUGUUUAUAAAACAUAUUAUGCUCAAAAUCCAUUUGCUCAUAUUGAUAAAGAUGAAAUUGAAAAAUAUAAACGAGAAGUUGAACAAAAUCAAAUGCGUGAACAAGCAUUGAAGAAAAAUGCUCUACUUGAUGAAAUUCGAAAGGGUAUAUCAUAA